UGAAGAGCACACAGCUAGAAAGACAUAGGGAAAAAAAGGUCCAAGGCUGUUCUCAGAAGCAAACCACAAACUUGAAAAACAUUUCUAGUGCCUUUUUCCUGAUGUUGCAUGUGUGUUUUCGAGUAAGAGGCAGAAGGAUGGACCUCACAGUGCUCAUGCUGCUGGCCAUGUUGCUAUGCUCAUCCUGCUUAAGUGAGUUUGGAGUCAGGGAUCCAGAUGUAGAGGAAGAAGAAAAGGCAGCACUCAAGAGCAGUUUUAGUACAUCUGGUAUUCCGGUACCUCUUGGACAUCUCAGCAGAUCUGGACAACUGGAUACUCAACUGGAGACACCUCAGAGCCCAUUGCCCUUCUUGAGAGUGAGUUCACACCAGCCUGCACGUAGAGGAAACUGGUGUGCAUUUUUUCAUCAUCGUUUGGUAAACAUGCAAGAGCUCAAUGGUGCUGAGGAGGAUGUAGUGAAGUCAGUCAACCCCUGCAGUAAAGGUGACCCUGACUGCCAAAAUCCUAUACAGAAGAAGAAAAGUAUUACUGCCCUGCAAUGGAAGUGCUGCCCAGGCCACGGAGGUAACAACUGUCAGGAGACAGUAACUCUGAUGGGAGAAAUUCAGUCUAGUCAAAAACACCCACAAUCAGCUCCAACAGAUGCUUCACAGCCUGAUGACUCUGACUCUGGCAGUGGUGGAGAUAUCCCUCCUCCUCCUCCUCCUCCUCCUCCUCCUUCUUCUCUACCCUUCAUGGAUUCCAGCAACCUCUUGGCAUUUCAACAAAUAUUUGCAGCAGUAAUGGCCCAACUUCAACCAGUGCUGGAUGGCUUUAAUAGUACUUUAGAGAACUUGUCCAGAGAGAUGGAAGGUCUGUCCAUAGAUCUGACAAAUCUAAGGCAUGAGCAAGAGAGCAUGUCCAAAACUAGACAUGCCCAUGCAGCAAAAUGUGAGAAACAUUUGGAGGACAGCUUUGAACAGAUGCAGCAAAUAUGGACAGAGUUGGACUCACAACAAAAAGAGAUAGAACAAAAACUACACUUGCAACAAGAACGGCAUCUUCAUAACAUGACCGGUCUAAAGGACAAAAUUGAAAACUAUAUCGACACGAGUCAUGAGGAAAUACAGGUGAACUUACAGUCUCUGAAUAAGUCCAUGGAGGAAAUUCGACUUGAUUAUGAAAGGCUGCAGGAGACAACACAGGGAGAACACAGUCUCGCAGAUACUGCCAGUGAAAGCCAAUCACCACUGGAGACCAGUGUGUGGGAGGCCAUCAGUAGUCUGGACAUGAAAGUGCUGAAUAACACAAUGGAGCUCAGUCCACUAAUUGAAAACUCCAAACAUUUGAUUAAUAUUGUACAAAAGCUGGACCAUGGCUUGAGGAACUUGAGUGAAAGACUGGAGUAUGUCAGCCACAACACAGAGGUUCAUUUGGCACAGAUUGGGCUUGAAGUGGAGGCGGCUAGAGUGGCUACGCUGAAAUCUGUUAAUGAACUAGCAUCUAAUCACAGUAACCAAGAGAGAGAUUUGCGAGAGACUCAACUUGAUGUGGACAAUAUUUAUCAGCAUCUCCAAAAUAAUGAGCAUUCCACAGCAGGUGAGAUUUGCAGCUGUAAAGAAAUCAGUGACUCACUGGCUAGGUUGGAAUCUGAAGUGGCUAAUGUUACAAACAUUGUCAAAGAGAACCGGUAUGCCCUGGAGGAUGUUGACGCAAAGAGAGAGCUUAGCCAGUGGACCCCAGAAGUUGAAGAUCUCCAUCAAGGCUUGUGGAGUGUGAGAGAAUCACUAGCAUUUGAACAAGUCAGUAGGAAGACUCUUAACGACAACUUGGACCAGUUAAAAACUGCACUCCUGGACAGCCAAAAGGAGAUUAUUGGGCUUAAAGACCAAUUUGUUGCUAAGGAAGCAGAAGUCAGACGUCUCUCUGCAUCAUUCUCUUCUUUACUCAAGGAUGCCAUCCGCCAUUCUGAAGUUCUUGAGAUGAUUUUGGGAGAUGAGGUCAUCGAGGUCUCAGACUGGUCCAACAUCCAGCAGAAGGAGAUUGCAAUUCCUGAACUGCUCCAGAAAAUGCGUCUGAUGCAGGAAAAGAUUGACAGUCAUGAGAAUAGCUUGACCUCUCUAAGGAAGAGCAGUAGUGAGAAAGUCCAAAUGACCAACGAUGACCCAGUCGCAUUUACAGAAUGGAACCUCACAAAGGACCAGGGAAGUAAUGCUGAAGACACUUUACCAGAAAUUUCCGAAAAGGAGGACGAUGAGGACUACUCAGUUAGUGACUUCUGGAGCCUUGGGAGGGAGGUGGAACAGCUCGCUAACAGACUCAGUGUACUGGAACUGAAGCCAUGCAACUGCACUGCUGCCUCCAGUGGUUCUGUAGUGGAACUGCAGAAAGAUGUUAUAACCUUGCAACAAACUCUGGAGGAUCAUUUGAGAACUUUCCAGAAUUUAUUUCAAUAUACAGAACUGCUGGCUAGCUCCUCCGACGGUGUGAACUUGGACCAGCUGCAGACCAUGAUCAGGACAAAAGAGAGAAAGAGAAAGAAGGGACAAAAUAUAAGGAAAAAUGGAGAGUCGAGCAGCAGGCACAGUAAAAGACACAUUGGGAAAAAGACCAAUCCUGGUGACUAUUAACAGCACACAGAUGUAUGAUGUUAGACCACCAUAAAAUCAUUAAGGGAACUCUUUGACAGUGGGCUAUUUGCAAGCUUCUUUGCAGUCCAAAACUAACAGGAGGACAGAAAAACAAGCAGUUAUAUACCACUAAGACUAGUUUUUGAGGUUUCUUACUUUUGUAAAAAUAUUCUACUUGGAAGGAUCCAAUUCUACUUUCAAAGGCUUUUUCAAGGAGACAUCAACCAAAAAAAAAACAAACAAAAAAAAAAAAACCCUUAAUGCAUAGAAUCGUGGUAAGAAUCCUAAUGAUCUUCUGACAGAUUUGCAUAAUGCAAGCUGCAUAUUUGUAUUUAUUUCAGAAUUGUGAGUUUUUCCCAAGUUUGGAACAAAGAACUUUUAACUAUAACACUAUAUGCUACUUUAAUGCUAUAAUGUCUUUUAAUAAAAUUAAAGACCACUAGGACUGGAUGGCAUGAUGUAGUGUAUCCAGUGUAUCUAUCUAUGGCUAAUCUAACAAGUAUCUGUUUAGACAUUAUAUUCUGUUUAUAUCUGUAAGUUCUUUUUAAAAAAGUGUUGAUUCGAAAUUUCUGUUUCUCGUUCUUAUUUAUAGUCUCACAAUAUAAUUUUGCCAUAUCGCUCAGCAGUAAAAAUCUUAUAUAUUUCA